AGACUGCUUGGUCAAUGCAGUCCUUCAUGCUGCAGGCUGCUUGCUGACAGCCCAUCAAGGCGGAUCGCCAGCCAUGGGCGAUCACAAGCUCCACAUAGCGCGCGUUGCCGUGCACCUCUGCACCGAGCUUGCAGGGAACAUGGAGGACGUCAAUGCAGCGCUGAAACCGGUCCAGGGCCUGCUGGCCGAUGGCAAAGGCGACGCGCUGCUUAUGGCGCUGCAGACUCUGGGCGUGGCAGCUCGGCGGCGCAUCGAAGCCGCGCUGCGCUUCAACCCUGUGAUCCCACUGGCUGCGCUGGGCAUGGGCAAGGAUGCCGCAGGGCGAGCGGCCUGGGUCGCCAGAGAAGCGUUGCAGGAGUUCAUCAAGGACAGCGACUCUGUUGGGCAGGCUCAUGCCCAGCUCCUGGCUGGCUACGCGCACAUUGAGCUUGCAGACUCCUCACGGGCUCUGAAGGCGGCGGCCGCCAGCGAGGAGUUAUUCAAGGAGCAGAAGAGCAAGCCCGGGGAGGCAGCGGCCCUGUGCUGCGCUGCCUGCGCCCGCCUGCUGCGGGCUAUGUCUGGCGUGUCCCCGCAGCUCCAGCUGGCCGAGGAGAAGGAGGAGAAGGUGAAGGCCGUGAAGAAGCGGCAGGAGGCCGAAGCCAAGGCAGGCAUCUCCUGCGUCCGCGAGGCUUGCUGCAUUUACCACGACCUGGAUGACAAGAAGUCGGAGGCGACUUGCUUGAACCUGGUGGGGGAGCUCCUCUUGGCCAAGGACGACGUGGACGAGGCCAAGAACGCGGCGCGCGAGGCGCGAGACAUCUUCCAGGACUUGGAGGAUCCCUACGGAGAGGCUCGAGCUCUCAAUGUGAUCCUCAGUGCCAACAUGCUCCAUGAGGAAGAUGUGGUGGACGCUCUCUUCGCCGCGAAGGAUGUGAUUUGGCUGUUCCGGGGUAACGACAUCCUUCCCGAGGAAGAGGACAAGAAGGCCAUUGCAGACAGCCUGCACGCGCAAGCGAAGGUCCACCUGUCCAUCGGGGAGCUGAAGGAGUGCAAGGAGACGGCGGAGGAGGCCUUGAAGUACUACGACGAGGCCAAGAUGACGCCAAAGGAGGCGGCGCAUGGGAAAGGCGCCGUGCUGCAGACGCUGGCCCAUGCCCUGUGUGCGGAGACCAGCCCGGAUGAGGCACUGCCUCACAGCCAGAACUCCGUGGAGCUUUUCGCGGCAGCGCAGGACAUCAGCGGGGAGGCCAUGGCGAAGGCCGUCUUGGCCUACCAGGACACGAUGUCGCGCAUGAAGCAGCUGGAAGAGAUCCCACAGGCCUUCACGGAGCAGUCGAACAACCAGGUGAAUGAAAACUGGAACACCAUUGAGGAGGGCAUGGCGAUGAUGCGGGAAAUCCGAAACCAGGAGGGCGAGGACCAGAUCGGCUCGCUGAUCUACGAGAUGAACCAGAAAGUUGGGGACAUCCAGAAGAAGAUGUCAACACCAACGAAGACUGUGUGGACAGUUGACCGGGUCACACGCAGGGCGGUCAAGAAGGACUUCUACGAGCCGAACCCGGGCACGGACAUCGUGCCACAAGAGGCGGGCGAGGCCGUGGAGGCCGUGGAGGCCGAGGCCGCGGAGGAGUGAGCCGCAGCGCCGAGACGCGCAGACGCCCUGGACAUGGGGACGACAGGGCCAUGGGCUCAGGUGGAACAGGGCAACUGUUGGGCCCGAGAGAGCAUCUCGCGCUCGAGCAAGAGAGCAUCUUCCCGCGGAGAGUUAGCAUCUGGCAGCUCGAGAGAUCCGCCUGGUGGUAGCCUUUGAGACCAUUUCUGUGUUGCUGUUUUGGG